CAAUGAUUGUAUUCUAUGGAAGUACGUAGAAAAAUACCUACUUUUAAUUUAAGAAUCCUGACUGUGUGUGAGGUUGUAUUGUUUUUGUAUUUAUUAAACAUUAAUUUGCUCCGCCUCCAGGCUCCCUUUGUGGACGUCAUCUGUGUGAACAGCUACUUCUCCUGGUACCACGACCCCGGCCACGUGGAGGUCAUCCCUCUCCAGCUCAACACUCAGUUUGAGGACUGGUACGGGAAGUACAAGAAGCCCAUCAUCCAGAGCGAGUACGGAGCCGAUGUCGUGCCAGGGCUUCAUAACGACCCCCCGGUGAUGUUUACUGAGGAGUAUCAGAAAGUGGUCCUGCAGCAGUACCACGGCGUGUUCGACCAGAAGAGGAAGAAGUACGUCAUCGGCGAGCUCAUCUGGAACUUUGCUGACUUCAUGACUACACAAGGGAUCACGCGUGUGGUGGGGAACAAGAAGGGGAUCUUUACUCGGCAAAGGCAACCCAAAGCUGCCGCAUUCAUCCUCAAGGAGAGAUACUGGAGACUGGCAAAUGAAACUGGCACCCUGCCCCUCUGGACCAAGUACCCCUGCCCACUGUGAGUGACCAACGCAAGCGUUUAGCCCCGCAGGACAGCUGGAGCCAUACGGAAAAUCAUGUCUAAUCAAAAUGACAUCAAGGUCCUUCUUCUAGUUAAACCAUCCUUUUUUGUGUUUUUCCACCAGUGUCUCUGUGAUUGUAUAAACUGCUGUAUUUCUAAAUAUCUUUAUUGAGUUUUCUUUAAAGAAAACAAAACAAGAACAGGAACAAAGAAAUGCCAGAUACAACAAUAAGAAACGGUUUCAGUUCCCUUUAUUAGCUGCUGGAAUCUACCACUAAGGAGACUUGCAGGCAGGAAUUAUGAGGGAGGAAAAUAAACGGCAACAGUAAUCACAAAAACACAGGAAAGCCUUAAAAUCUGCUUUAAAUAAGGUUCCUGGAUUUGAUUAGAACAUUUCCAGAGGAGAGUGGAACAGGCAAAGCUGCCUUCAUGUUCAAGUCCAAAGACACUGAAGACACUGGACAGAUCCUCCAACAUGCUCAGCCUGUAGCGUUGUGUUUUCACACACAUCCAGAAAAAAAUGAAUGUAUGUGACUUGAUGCAAUCUUUUUAUUACAACUAGGAUCAAUGGCACUGACUUUGAAUCUGAGUGAUUUGACUGAAUGGAUGUUUCUCUUUCCAUAAAGUGCCUCGUGGUUAUAUUCUUUCCAAUUUGGUGCUGUAUUAAAAAAAACGUAAUCGUCAGCUUCACGCUUGCAGUCAGUUUUGUAAUAUGCAAGCGACGCAGGAUUUUUAUAUAGAGCAGAGUUGGCUCAAUUACAGACGGAAGUAGCCGUGGCGUCGGUCCAGAUUUACCCCAGUGAGUCAUCAGUGCUGAUAUCAUAAGAUCUCUCAAAUUCAAAGGCUUUCUACAUUAUUGGGUAAAAGUUGAGACUUUAAACAGAAAUAAAGCAUUUUCUGUAUGUAAUUGGGGCUGUGCGAUUAAUGAUUUAUUUUCUCUACCCCAGCACAAUUGUUGCCAGAGUUGUUGAGCUGUCUGUCAAAUAUAUCAGCUGGAGAUAAUUUUAGCUUUAUAGGUGGGACCAUUAAACUGUCUUCAGCAUAAAGAAACAAUAACUGACUCUCCAAUACUGAUGCAAAAGACUGACUUUGUAAACUUUGUUUUCUGAAGAUUGAAUAAACCAGAACAAAAGUUUGACAAAACUCUUUAGAAAAUUAAGUUAAAUCCAUCAGAAGCUGCCGCUCUAAGAGCAUUUAGGUGAGCAUCUCAUCUAAUGAGCUUCUGAAAAGUGUGUGUUCACUAAUAUUACAUUUUGUAGGUCAUUUUAGCUAAUGUAAACUAGAACAAAAACAAGAUUAUUUUUUUAUUAUAUAUAGGAUGGAGGGGAUCAAGAAAUUAAUCUGAAAUGAAAUGAACGAUGAAAUACCUGCCGUAUUUGGUCUAGAGUUCUUCACGGUAUUGUCACCUGACUCAAACCGUGUUUGCUUUGCAAAUCUAAGAAAAUGAUGUAAAUGUAUUUGGAGAAGCACAAGUCACAGUUGCCUAAGCAAAUCAAGGCUGAGUGUAGACAUGUUGCUCUGAGUCAUGCAGACUAAAUUCAAUGGGUCUGAAUUGCUCCUAUUAGUUAUACUUCCAUUUUUUUUAAGGAUCAAAGAAAAAUGUCUUCAGCUUUGUUGUUCUUCCUGUUCCAUUUGUACUAAAACCUUUUUCAAAUUGAGAUUCAGUUGUGUUGUUUUUGUUAAUUUUCUGAAUCAACCAUAGAUCAGUUUCAUGAUCUGACUGUAGCUUUGCUUAUUUUCCAUCCAUCUGUAUUCAGGGAAUAAACUAUUAGAUCAUUUUCCAUCAAUAUUUUUCUAAUCAGUUUUAUUGCUGGACAAAUGAAUGAUUGGUUCCUCUUUGGACACAGUUUCUGUUGGAAUAUGCCAGUCUAACUUUAUACUGACAAUAAUGUCAUGUUACAGUGCAAGGGAAAAUCUGAUUGUUACGUUUGAUUUCACUAAAUUGAGAGGAAAGAAGUCAUUUUAUGUCUGAAUCACUGCAAUAAAGACGAUAUAAUGGCACUAC